AUAAAGAAAAUUUGAGUAAAGUGGAUUUCCGUUGUUGGCGUGCUUCCAGUAGACGUCUAGGAGGAAUCUCCCGGCGUGAGCGUAGGUAUCUCGCGCUAUAUAGGAGAGUCGGCCCGAGGGCCGGGCCCUCUUUCGCCUCCUCGCUUCCAAGAUGACCAAGAAAAGAAGGAACAAUGGUCGUGCCAAAAAGGGCCGCGGCCACGUGCAGCCUAUUCGCUGUACCAACUGUGCCCGUUGCGUGCCCAAGGAUAAGGCCAUUAAGAAGUUCGUCAUUCGGAACAUCGUAGAGGCCGCAGCCGUCAGGGACAUUUCUGAAGCGAGUGUUUUCGAUGCCUAUGUGCUUCCCAAGCUGUAUGUGAAACUGCAUUACUGCGUGAGUUGUGCCAUUCACAGCAAGGUAGUCAGGAAUCGUUCUCGGGAAGCCCGGAAGGACCGAACACCUCCACCCCGAUUUAGACCUGCUGGUGCUGCCCCACGACCUCCACCAAAGCCCAUGUAAGGAGCUAAGUUCUUAAAGACUAAAGAAAUACUGUUCCCUGGAAAGACAAUAAAGUGGAAAUUAUACUUUA